GGGCGGGCACGGCUCCGGGGGGUCCCCCCUGCCACCCUGGGAUGUUUCUGUACUGGAAGAAGCGGGGUGCCUACGAGCUGGAGGCUUUGCCCCCCGGGCUGGCGGGGCUGGAGUAUGGGGCGGUGGAGCGCUUCUCCUGGAGCUCCAGCCUGGACAUCAGCGAGGAGCUCGGGGCCGAGCCGUGCCCACCGGAGGAACCAGUGCUGCGCUGCCAGAACCCCGACUGCGCCGGCGAGAGGAGAGCGGCCAAGGUAUGUCACCACGCGGAGUGCCGGCAGCUGAGCUGCAGCGGUCCCCUCAGCCUGUGUGAGCUCUGUGACAGCCGCCUGUAUGGAGCCAUGCACUGCGAUGGCCACAUCCGCUUUGACCUGCCCCCGCCAGGCUCCAUCCUGGCCCGCAACAUGUCGACACGCUCAUGCCCGCCACGCACCAGCCCUGCCUCUGAUGUGGAGGAGGAGGAGGAGGGACCAGCCGACAGCAGAGGGGAGCGGAGGAGCUCGGCGCUGAAGCUGCCCAAGAAGAAGGCUCGGCGCCGGCACACAGACGACCCCAGCAAGGAGUGCUUCACCCUCAAGUUCGACCUCAGCAUCAACGUGGAGGCAGAGAUCGUGCCGGCCGCAAAGAAGAAAUCCCUGGGGGAGGUGCUGCUGCCGGUCUUCGAGAGGAAGGCGAUCGAGCUGGGCAGGGUGGACGUUUACCUGGACCAGUCGCACACGCCGCUCUCGCUCCAGUUCGAGGCGUACCGCUUCGGGGGGCACUACCUGCGCGUGAGAGCCAAGCCCGGGGAUGAGCUGAAGGUGGAGCAGGCAGUGCAGGAUGCCCGGUUGGCCGCUCUGCCCAUUGUGCACCCUGCCGGCACCGCUGCGCUCCUUGGGACAGCGCCAGGACAACGGGAGGGUGCUGACAGCCUGGCUCCGGGCCGGCGGAGGAAACAGACGGAGUUCCUGGGGGACAGCACAUCCCCAGCCCGAGCGUCCCCGCACACCAAUGGCACCGAUACGUGGAAGAACCGCCGCCGCCCGCGCUUCAGCGUCUUCGGCUCCGGCACCAGCGCCGGCUCCUUUGGGCGGGAGAGUGAGAAGCUGGAGCAGUUAGCGAGCCGGCUGCACGCCUACGGCACCUUCGGGCUGCCCAAGCUGCCCACGCUCCGCUUCGACCGCGACUCCUGGGAGGAGGACGGGGACGAGGCCGGGCUGGCGAUGGAGGACAGUUGGCAGCAGAUCAUCCAUGGCGCAGAGGCCCUGUCGCGCCGGCAGUGCCACCAGCAGGAAGCCAUCUGGGAGCUGCUGCACACCGAGGCCACCUACAUCCGCAAGCUCAAAGUCAUCACCGACCUCUUCCUCUGCUGCCUGCUGAACCUGCAGGAGUCGGGGCUGCUCUGCGAGGUGGAUGCUGAGCGGCUCUUCAGCAACAUCGGGGACAUCAUCCGGCUGCACCGGGAGCUGUGGCGCGGCAUCAUGGCCCCGGUGCUGGCCAAGGCACGCCGGACCGGGGCGCUGCUUGACCCGGUUGACUUCCUCGAUGGCUUUAAGACGUUCGGGUCCCUCUUCAAGCCCUACGUGCGGUACUGCAUGGAGGAGGAGGGCUGCAUGGAGUACAUGCGGGCGCUGCUGCGGGAUAGCGAGCUCUUCCGCGCCUACGUGACGUGGGCUGAGAAGCACGAGCAGUGCAGCCGCCUGAAGCUGAGCGAAAUGCUGGUGAAGCCCCACCAGCGCCUCACCAAGUACCCGCUGCUCCUCAAGUCCGUGCUGAAGAAGACGGACGACCCGGUUGCCCCGCGAUGCCCCUGGGCACAGAUUGGCUCUGUGGAGCGCUUCAUCAACGACGUCAACUCGGGGAUGCGCCAGCGGCAGGAGCGGCAGCGCCGCGCCAUCCUCAGCCGCAUUGACGCCUAUGAGGUGGUGGAGGGCAGCACGGACGAGGUAGACAAGCUACUGAAGGAGUUCCUGCGGCUUGGACCUGACGGCCCCAAUCCUGGCACGUCCCCGGAGGACACGCGGCAGCUCCUCCUCGAGGGCAGCCUGCGGAUGGCGGAAGGUAAAGACAGCAAGCCCUGCUCUCACCCCAGGAUGGACGUCUACUGCUUCCUCUUCACCGACCUCUUCCUCAUCACCAAGCCUCUCAAGAAGGCUGAGCGCACCAAGGUGAUCCGGCAGCCCUUGCUGGUGGACAAGGUCGUCUGCCGUGAGCUCAGGGACCCAGGCUCCUUCCUCCUCAUCUACCUGAACGAGCUGGGGAGCGCCGUGGCUGCCUACACGUUCCAGGCCAGCGGGCAGUCGCUGUGCCGCAGCUGGGUCGAGGCGGUGCGCAAUGCCCAGGUGAGGGGCACGGAGGGUGGGCACGGGUCCCUUGGCCACCCAGAGCCUCCCUUCAUGCCUCCUUGUGCCCAGAACCUGCUGCAGCGGCUGCGGCAGCGCCGACGCCUGGAGGAGCAGGAGGAGGAGGACGGUGAGAGCGAUGCCUCGGCUGCCAGCUCCCCCACCAUCCUGCGCCGCGGCAGCGCCAGCCCGGACUCGCAGCGCUGCCCAUCUGACGGCUCCACCGAGACCCUCGCUGUGGUGGCCACAGACGGCGCGUGACGAGCUCUCCUCCCCGGACUGGACACGGGGCCCUUCAACUCGACAUCGGACGGCUCCUCCAUCGGCACCAGCACGUCAUCGGCGCUGGCCCCCACCUCCACCGAGACCUCCCCCAGGGACGGCUGCCGCUCAAUCCUCCAUCGACGCGCUUACGGCACGCUCUCACCCUCCCUGCGGGACUUCGGCCAGCAGCCCGAGGAGGGGCGCGAGCCCCCCAUGGCCCCCACGCCCCACGGCCCCCCCGCGCCCCGGCUGCGCCGCCAGACCCCCGUGCAGCUCCUGCCCUGCCCGCCAGGGGUGCUCAAGUCCAAGUCGGAGGCCAACCUGCCCCAGCUCCUGCUCCCCAGCCCCCCCCGGCCCCGCUCAGCCAGAGCCGCAGCCUCUCCGACCUGUGCGCUGCGCCCCCCAGGACUAGCCCUCAUCAAGCCCCCGGCCCCCGGCUGCCCCUGGCAGCAAGCGGCAGCUCCACCUCGGAGCUUUCGGAGCCGGAGGAGCCGGUGGAGAGCCCGGUGUCCCUCCAAGGGGACUCGUCACAACCCCCUGCCCCGCUGCCGCCGGACCCUCUCGGACCCGCAGUCAGCACAGCACCGCAAGCUGACGCUGGCGCAGCUCUACCGGAUUCACACGCUGCUGCUCAACUCCACGCUGACCGCCUCGUAA